AUGAUGUGCCCAGAUUAUUUAGAAUUCCAGGAUAUUCUGAAGAAAAUGCGUAUAUUGGACGACAAAAUAGUGUAUGCACUUAAUACGUCUUUACCAACGGAAUCAUUUGCGAAUAAAGUUGAUGCACAUUCUGCAUGCGAAGAUUUAUAUUCUCAAAUCCAAAAAGGCAACUCACAACGAGAAGAUGUCAUUAAAAAUUGUAUCGUGUUGACCGCUGAAGAGGUCAAAAAAUUAAAGACUGCUAAAGAAGAGAAACCUAAUGAUUUUGAAGUUAUGAAAAAUUUAAAAUUUGAACAAAAAAAGCUAAGACUCCUCCAAACAGAACUUAGUGUUGAAGAAGUAAUCAAAGAAAAGACUACAAAGUUAUUUACAGAAAAAUGCAGAACAUACUACAAGCCUAACAAUUUAUGA